AUGAAGUUAUUUUUUGCCGUAGAUGCCCUUGUACUUUUGCUUGCAACCGGUGCGUUGGGACAGCAACAAUCUAGUGCGACGACAACCACAUCAGCGAGUGGUAGCAGCAGCAGCAAUGAUAGUCCUAUCGCUCAAAGCUCACCAGCUUGGUUGUCGGAUAUACUUACAAAAUCAUUGCAUGGCGAUGUAAACAAUCAAGCACUGCAAGGUUAUCCACAACCUUCAAAGCUGCCACCAACAGAUUCUCCUGAGGUGCAAGCUGUUAUCAAGGCUAUUGAUUGGACCAAGGUCCCCAACAUCCCCCCGCGUAAGACAAGAUCGGAUGGCUAUGUUAGCAUCCAAGAUUACAACAACAAUACUGAUCCCGAUUGCUGGUGGAGUGCUUCUCGUUGUGUCAAGCCUAAAUACCCUGGUCUUCCAGAGGAUGUAUCUUAUUGCCCAAAUGUGGGUGAUUGGGGUUUGACGUUUGACGAUGGCCCACUGACACCUGACGAGCGUGAAGCAGCUGCAGAAGAGUCCGAAUUCUACAACUUUUUGGCCGAGCAUCAGCAAAAGGCUGAUUUGUUUUAUAUCGGGUCGAAUGUUUUCAAGGCACCUGCGGCUGCACAACGUGCUUUAGCUGAUGGACACACCCUUUGCUCUCAUACAUGGUCUCAUCCUCCUAUGACGUCUCUCUCAAACGAACAAGUAGUGUCCGAAUUGUAUUGGACAUUACGUGUUAUCAAAGAGAGCACUAACGUCACUGUAAAAUGCUGGCGCCCACCUUAUGGUGAUGUUGAUGAUCGUGUACGUGCUAUUGCUUGGCAAAUGGGUAUGCAUACGAUUCUUUUUGAUCAAGUCAGCUUUGAUUGGAGUCUCCCUGGUGGUCCUGGUGGUGAUAACAUGCCACCUUCCAUCAUUGAUGGUUACUUUGAGGGGUGGAUCCAAGCUCUUAAGGAUGGUACCGAUAAUCGACGUGGCCACAUUGUUCUGCAACAUGAGCACAGCAAUGCAUCAGUGUCCUUGGCUGAAAAGUGGUUACCCAAGAUCAAGGAAGUGUUCAGAGUUGUAUCGUACACACAAUGCAUGAAUGUAUCGAAUCCAUAUUGGGAAGAAGGUUUUGCCUAUCCAACUGACAAUGUAAAACGAACAAUGUUGCUCUCACUCGAUCGCAUUCUUCCCACCACCAUCAAAACCACCACCAACAUAUCCAUAAUCAUGAGCGCGCUUGCUUUGGCUAGUGCCAUCUACUACAUUAUGUAG